AUGGCGGCGACACCGAAUACGGGGCAGAUUGCCCAGCCCGUCUUCAUCGAGGGCAGACGCAUAACUGUUUUAUAUGGCUCCGAGACUGGGAACGGUGAGGACAUUGCAAUAGAGCUCAGCCAGAUGGCCGAGAGGCUACAUUUCCAAGUCGCAGUGGACGAUAUGGACAGCUUCAAGCUGAGUGAUCUUCUGCAAUCUUCGCUUGCCAUCUUUGUCACUUCGACAACUGGCCAGGGGGACAUGCCGAAGAACACAGCAAAGUUUUGGAGGAAUCUGAGGCGGGAAAAACUCAGCGGGACAAACUGCCUAGGUGCUUUGAAGUUUGCCAUAUUUGGGCUCGGCGAUAGUUCUUAUCCCAAGUUUAACUGGGCUGCGAGAAAGUUGCGAGUGCGACUCCUGCAGCUUGGAGCAUCCGAAUUUGUCAGGGCGGGUGAAGGAGACGAGCGACACGAGAACGGCAUCGACAGCGCCUACCUUCCCUGGCACCAAGAGCUAAAGUCAGCAUUGUUUGCCGGCUAUCCUCUUCCCGACGGCGUCGAGCCCAUCCCGGAUGACGCUCAACCACCUCCAAAAUACACCCUCGAGCUAGCACCAACCAUGGCCGACCCUGCAGACCACUCUGUCAGCGUCGAUACAGCCUCGCAAGCAUUAUUAACCGAAGACGAGCGCGUAUUCCUCGCCUCCAGAACAAAGAGCGCAGUCCUCACCCACACCGACCUUCCCAGAUCCACUGCCGAACAGCUGGCCAAGGAUCGAGACCGGCUGCUAACGUCCUUUCCGGCCGUCAUAGCCCGUGAAGACGACUUGUGGGAGCAACAGACUAGCCGUCGGGCAGACUGUCUAGAUAAGGACAACAUCAUCACGGACUAUCCAGAAAAGUACCGCCUACUCUCACCAAAGCCCGUCUUCCAGCAAAGCCCUUACGAGGAUUUGCUCUCGAUUCCCAAUUCUUCGAUAGGCACGCUAGUAGCAAACCGCAGGGUCACGCCUGUAGGGCACUGGCAGGAUGUCCGACUUCUUACAUUUGACGUUCAAUGCGAUAAGGAACUGUUCGCGGAAUGCAGUGCCGGCUGUACUCUCAUAGUCUACCCCAAAAAUUUUCCAAAAGACGUCCAGGAGUUGAUUACCAUGAUGGGCUGGGAGCAGGUUGCGGAUCAUAUUAUUGACCUGAACACUAAUCAGCGGAAAUCGUCUUAUCCGAAACACCUCUACUUCGAUGGCGCCUGCGCAACGCUCCGAAAGCUGUUGCUGAACAACUUGGACAUUACGUCGAUCCCGAAGCGAGCCUUCAUCAAGUAUUUAGUCCAUUUGACUCGCGAACCCAACGAGAUUGAGCGACUGAAAGAGCUCACAGCGCUUGGCAACGAGCAAGAAUUCUACGACUAUACUUCGCGUCCGCGUCGCACCAUCAUUGAGCUCCUCUGCGAUUUCCCAGGCGUGAAGAUACCAUAUGACAGAGUCCUUGACCUUUUCCCCGUCAUCCGGGGCCGAGAAUUCAGCAUAUGCAACGGCGGCAAAAGCCUCUACGACGCGGGUGAUUACCAAACCCGCAUUCAGCUUCUGGUGGCUUUGGUGGAAUACAAGACCAUUAUUCGCAAGCCGCGCCAAGGUCUCUGCUCGCGAUACAUUAAACACCUGGCCACUGGCUCCCAUCUAUCUCUUAGCCUCAAGCAACCAUCGGGCAAUCUCUUGGGAACCGACCAGCAGAGGUGCAAGCGCCCACUCAUUGCUAUCGCCACAGGUACCGGUAUUGCGCCUAUCCGGGCGCUCGUUCAUGACCGAAUGCUCUACGGCAAUCCUGGCCCCACCGUUCUCUUCUUUGGAUGCAGAAACGAGGCCGCCGAUUACUACUUCUGGCAGGAGUGGAAACAGAUUCCCAACAUGGAGGUAUAUCCUGCAUUUUCGCGGGACAAGAAUAUGAUUUUCGAGAAAGAAGUCGGCCCCCCGGUGUGGCCCGUCCCAGAUGCCAUGGACGCAGUGCUUGGUCUGGGCCCCGACUUGGAUGCGGGCAAGAACUACGUACAGCAUCACAUCAGAAGGAAUGCCAAGCGCGUCGGCGAGCUGAUGCGCCAGAAACCCAUUGUCUGCAUCUGCGGCAACUCUGGUCGCAUGCCCGCAUCGGUGCGAAAGGCGCUCCUCGAUGCCUUGGUUAUUAGCGGCGUAGUUCGGGACGAGGCCGAGGCCAAUAAGUGGUUCGACGACAGGGAAAACCUCACAUUCUGGCAAGAGACUUGGUGA